CAAGGUUUUUCACAAAGCAUUUUUUUUGUAGUAUAGGGAGGGAGGGCUUGAAGGAAAAAUCAGGAAAAAUCAAGGAACUGCCGGAGAGCAAGGACUGCUGAACCAUGGUCUUAGGGGAGGAGUUACAGACUUGCCCAGGCUGCCUUGUGUCCUUCACUGGCAUUCAGGGCUCCAAAGACCCAGUGGCUGUGGCGUCAGGGUGCCAUGAGAAUGCGAGGGGAGCUUGCCGGUGAUGAGGUGCAGUACCUGUUGCUGACAGAUAGGCUUGGCUCCCUGACAGACGUUACUGAAAACGCGGGUUAUUCCCCUCCUCCUCAGGACCCACUCCCCGCCUUCCUUCUCUUGUUUAGACUAAUCUUUAAAAGUGAUGUAACUUAAAACAGUCCAGUGUGAGUUAAUCUUGGGGGCCAGCUAGUAUCCUGGGAGUAGAGGUGACUAAGAUCUUUUGCCUACAGAUUAGGGUAAUGACAAGAUCAAACGCUGGGGUUUCCUGCAGGCAGGUAUAUAGGAGUGGUAUCAAAGGCGGACUAACGGAAUGGGUUUUUCUCCCCCUCCUCUUCAGGUAUCGCAGAGCACAAUGGCUGAACAGCUCCUUCCCCAGGCUUUGUAUUUGAGCAACAUGCGGAAAGCUGUGAAGAUACGAGAGAGAACUCCGGAAGAUAUAUUUAAGCCUACCAAUGGGAUCAUUCACCAUUUUAAAUCCAUGCACCGAUACACACUAGAAAUGUUCAGAACUUGCCAGUUUUGUCCACAGUUUCGGGAGAUCAUCCACAAAGCUCUCAUUGACAGAAACAUCCAGGCCUCCCUCGAAAGCCAGAAGAAGCUCAACUGGUGUCGAGAAGUCAGGAAGCUGGUGGCACUGAAAACAAAUGGUGAUGGAAACUGCCUCAUGCACGCUGCUUCUCAGUAUAUGUGGGGUGUUCAGGACACAGACCUGGUCCUGAGGAAGGCUCUCUUCAGCACUCUCAAGGAGACGGAUACACGCAACUUUAAAUUCCGCUGGCAGCUGGAGUCUCUUAAAUCCCAGGAAUUUGUGGAAACGGGGCUUUGCUACGACACUCGGAAUUGGACUGAUGAAUGGGAUAGCCUAAUAAAAAUGGCAUCCACAGACACACCCGUGGCCCGAGGUGGACUUCAGUAUAACUCACUGGAAGAAAUACACAUAUUUGUCCUUUGCAACAUCCUCAGAAGACCAAUCAUUGUCAUCUCAGACAAAAUGCUGAGAAGUUUGGAAUCGGGUUCCAAUUUCGCUCCCUUGAAGGUGGGCGGGAUUUACCUGCCUCUCCACUGGCCAGCCCAGGAGUGCUACCGAUACCCCAUCAUUCUCGGCUAUGACAGCCAGCACUUUGUACCCCUGGUGACCCUGAAGGACAGCGGACCCGAAAUCCGAGCUGUUCCACUUGUUAACAGAGAGCGAGGAAGAUUUGAAGACUUAAAAGUUCACUUUUUGACAGAUCCUGAAAACGAGAUGAAGGAGAAGCUCUUGAAAGAGUAUUUGAUGGUGAUCGAAAUCCCCGUCCAAGGCUGGGACCACGGCACCACCCAUUUGAUCAAUGCCGCAAAGCUAGAUGAAGCCAACUUACCCAAAGAAAUAAAUCUGGUAGAUGAUUACUUUGAGCUUGUCCAGCACGAGUACAAGAAAUGGCAGGAGAACAAUGAGCAGGAGCGGAGAGAGAUACAUGCUCAGAAUCCUUUGGAACCUUCUGUUCCCCAGCUUUCGCUCAUGGACGUAAAAUGUGAAACACCCAACUGUCCUUUCUUCAUGUCCGUGAACACCCAGCCUCUGUGCCACGAGUGCUCAGAGAGGCGGCAAAAGACCCAAAGCAAACCCUCAAAGCUGCACUCCAAGCCAGGCCCCGAGGUGCUCCCUGGUAUGGCUCUCGGGCCCUCCCGGGGCGAGACCUAUGAGCCCAUGGGCUGGAGCCCUGAGGAGCCAGCCGGGGGGCCUCGUUCGGCCCCUCCGACGGCGCCCAGUCUCUUUCUGUUCAGCGAGACCACCGCUAUGAAGUGCAGGAGCCCUGGCUGCCCUUUCACGCUGAACGUGCAGCACAAUGGAUUUUGUGAGCGCUGCCACAACGCUCGGCAGCUGGGCGCGGGCCACCCCUCGGACAGCACGAGGCACUUGGACCCCGGUAAGUGCCGAGCCUGCCUGCAGGACGUCACCAGGACGUUUAAUGGGAUCUGCAGUACUUGCUUCAAAAGGACUACAGCAGAGCCCUCCUCGGGCCUGAGCUCCAGCGUCCCUCCUUCCUGUCACCAGAGGUCCAAGUCAGACCCCUCACAGCUCGUCCAGAGUCUCUCCACACAUUCUUGCCAUAGAGCCGGGACCGAGGCUCCCUCCGGCUGCCUCUCUCAGGCCACACGGACUCCAGGGGACAGGAUGGGGACCAGCAAGUGCAGAAAAGCCGGCUGCAUGUAUUUCGGAACUCCAGAAAACAAAGGCUUCUGCACGCUGUGUUUCAUCGAGUACAGAGAAAACAAACAUUUUGUCCCUGCCUCCACGAAAGCCAGUCCCACGGCCCCCAGGUUCCAGAAUGCUGUUCCCUGCCUGGGAAGGGAAUGUGGCACCCUGGGAAGCACCGUGUUUGAAGGAUACUGUCAAAAGUGUUUCAUCGAAGCUCAGAGUCAGAGAUUUCACGAAGCCAAAAGGACCGAAGAGCAACUGAGAACGAGCCAGCGCAGAGACGCGACUCGAAGCACGGCGAGCGCCUCCAGGCCCAAGUGUGCCCGGGCCUCCUGCAAGAACAUCCUGGCGUGCCGCAGCGAGGAGCUGUGCAUGGAGUGCCAGCACCUCGGCCAGCGCGUGGGCACGGGGGCCCACCGGGGCGAGCCUGUUCCCGAGGAGGCCCCCAAGCAGCGCUGCCGGGCCCCCGCCUGCGAUCACUUCGGCAACGCCAAAUGUAGCGGCUACUGCAACGAGUGCUUCCAGUUCAAGCAGCUGUAUGGCUGAGGGGUGCGGAGGGGCCCCGGGGACCUCAAGCCUCAGCAGGCAAUGGUGCUAGCCGCAGCGAGCUGCGGGCGGCUUCAAGCAGGGGAGCAAAGAGAAGCUCGGGUCGCGGUCGCGGCCAGCCUGCGCAAGUGGCCUUGGAACGAGAGCAAGGCCAGUGACGGGCGGCGGAUGGGCUGCUGCUUUUCCCCCGCCACCUCGCCUGCCACGCGGAAGGGCAGGGACUGCGUGGACUCGGAAUGUGUGGUGGGACUACAUCAUCUUCUCGGGAGAAAAGGGAGAAAAAGCUCGGUCAGGUGGGUUGGGGAUCCCGGGGCCGUUCCCCCCCCCCCCCCCCCGCACCGCCCCACGCAAGGGCCGGGCUUGGAGCCACGGAGCUGACCCGCCGCGCCCACAGGCCCUCAAGUUCAGGAAGCUCAGGGAGAACGGACAAAUUCAGUGUCAGUGGUGAGUGGUCUUUCCCUCCCCGCCUCGUCCAUUUCCCGCGGACACGGCAGACACCGAGCUGUCCACAGACUGUGGCUCUGAGGCUGCUGAGAUGGAAUCAGUUCACGCUGAAGAGCAAACCAGCUGCUCUUUACAGUAUGCACCUUGGAAGAAAUCAGAACAUUCUAGUGGGAAGAUGUGUGCCUCUCUUGGUUAUCACUGUCUUCACUUCUAAAGAAGUUAGCUUGAGGUGUGCAUGAAAAUGUGUACAUAUAUAAUGUACCCUUAUAUUAUGUAUGAGGGAAUUUUUUUUAUUGUGGUGAAGUAUAUUGUCUAUAUAAUUCACUUUAUUUAUUUUAUUUCAAACUUCAGGUUUAUUUAAAUGAAGAUGUUUCUUCUGCUCUGGGUAAAGUGUCUGCUGUAGUGUCUUCUUGAAAUAGUGUAUUCAUAGUCAGUCCUCUUUUGGGCGAGUACCUGAGUGCCUUGGGGAUUUGGUCUCUUUGAUGUACUGUGGUUGUCUUCCCUAAGAAAGAAGGAAUUGCACCAAAGGUAUAUUCAUUAAAAGCUCAUGCUUUUCUUGAUGAAACUUGGGUUAGAGGCUCUUGCUAGCCAAAUGAAAAAAAAAAAUAAAAAUAAAAAAAAGUAACUGCUUUCCGCAGUAAACAGAUGCCUUGAAUAUCCUACCUCUCUAGAGAUAAAAUUGGGAAGGAAUGGGAUGAGAUUGGAGAAGGUCACUGGGACGAUGUGACCUUUAAUGAUAGUUUUAUUUGCUGUGUUUGAACUCUCUGUCCUGGUAGCAACCGCACAACCAGUGGCACCUUCGUGCUGGGACAGCAAAACCCUGUGACCAUGAGCAUAAGGAAAUUUCUUUCUGUCCUUGGCCUGCAGUUUCUCUGUUUGCUCUGUGUUGCUGUCAUACUUGUUAUAAGAAAAAAAGGGGGGAACAGAUUGUCCCCAGAGGUAAAGGCUGCCAUUUAUUUUUUUUUGUGGGUCUGGAACUUAUGAUCUGAAAAUAUUAGUAGUCUAUAUCUCUACACAGCCUUUACUUGUAUUACCUGACAUGUUUGCCACCUCGAGUGCUAUUUCCUCAACAUAAAUUUUAAUCAUUUUUUCUAAAGAUCUCAAAUAAACAUCAGUGUUCAUGUAGUUCUUCUAAAGUCAAUAUUUUAAUAUUUUGUGUGUAUCAAUAUUUUCAUUCUUAAUGUGAAAAAUGGAAUUAUUUAUACUUAUUUUAGAAAGCAUUUGAAAUUUGCACAUUUAGUUGUCCCUGAUAGAGAGCUGUUUGUUCUGUUGGAUUCCUUCAAGUUUUCCUAAAUAUGUGUAACUUUUCACAAAAGUCAAUAUUAAAAAAAUAAAUUAUUUAAGAACAGA